GGAGAAAGCCACGCCUCCCUUCUCUUCUCACGUGACCAACUGACUGAAUUUAAUAGCACCUCCAUAUGUCACGCGCCCAACAAGCUGGGCUGGCUGGUAAGCAUUUCAUUUGGACACUCACCACCAUAAAGGAUCUCGCCACGAUGACGGGUUUUCGAGUUGAACACGACACUUUCGGGGAUAUCCAAGUUCCCAAGGACAAAUACUGGGGAGCUCAAACACACAGAUCCCUCCAGAAUUUCGAGAUAGGCGGCCAUGAAGAGCGCAUGCCUGAGCCGCUCAUCCGGGCGUUUACUAUCCUCAAGCGGGCUGCGGCGACUGUGAAUGUUCAGUUUGGUUUGGAUAAGAAGUUGGGGGAAACUAUCGCCAAGGCCGCCAAUGAGGUCCUGGAGGGAAAACUCGACGACCACUUCCCACUCGUGGUCUGGCAAACCGGAUCGGGUACCCAGACCAACAUGAACGUGAACGAGGUCAUAGCGAAUCGUGGAAACGAGAUGCUCGGGCAGCCGCUAGGAUCUCAGAAGCCUAUCCAUCCGAACGAUCAUGUCAACUUUGGGCAGUCGUCUAAUGACACGUUUCCAACAGCCAUGCACAUAGCCGGCGUCCUCGAACUCCACCGCCGGCUCCUGCCCGCCCUCCAAUACCUCCACACCUCUCUCGCCAAACACGCGCACGACUGGACCCACAUCAUCAAGAUCGGGCGCACCCACACGCAAGACGCGACUCCCCUAUCCCUCGGGCAGGAGUUCUCGGGGUACGCCCAACAGGUCGCGUAUGGGAUUGAGAGGGUCAAAGCUGUGAUCCCGAGGUUGAGCUUGUUAGCCCAGGGGGGCACGGCGGUGGGGACAGGGUUGAAUGCGAGGGUGGGGUUUGAUGUCAAGGUUGCGGAGGAGAUUUCGAGGAUUACGGGGGUGGAGUUUAGGACGGCGCCGAAUAAGUUCGAAGCACUUGCCGCCCAUGAUGCCAUUGUGGAGGCUAGCGGUGCGCUUAAUGUCCUCGCUGUGUCCCUGAUGAAGAUCGCCAACGAUAUCCGCUUCCUGGGUUCCGGCCCUCGAUGCGGUCUCGGCGAAUUAAGCCUCCCAGAGAACGAGCCCGGCUCCUCCAUCAUGCCCGGCAAGGUCAACCCGACCCAAUGCGAGGCGCUGACCAUGGUGUGCGCGCAGGUGAUGGGAAAUCACGUCGCGAUCACCGUCGGAGGGUCCAACGGGCAUUUCGAGCUCAACGUCUUCAAACCCCUCCUCAUCCGCAACCUCCUCCACUCCACGCGCCUCCUCGCGGACGCCUCCCGCUCCUUCACGACCCACUGCGUCGUAGGAAUCCAACCCAACGAAACGCGCAUCGCGCAACUGCUCAAGGAGAGCCUGAUGCUCGUGACGGCGCUGAACCCCAAGAUCGGGUAUGAGAAUGCGGCGAAGGUGGCAAAGAAGGCGCAUAAAGAGGGGACGACGUUGAAGGAGGCUGCUGUGGGGUUGAGGUUGAUGACGGCGGAGGAGUUUGAUCGGUGGGUUAGGCCGGAGGAGAUGUUGGGGCCGAAGUUGUAGGAGGCGUUUGAGGAGGGUGGUGGGGAUUCGGCGUAUUGUGGAGGUAUUGAUAUACGGAAUGAUGUUGGUUGAUUUCUUGUAGCUAGUAGCGGUAUGUGUACGUAGGGUAUGCAGACCGUAUCUAAUCUGCUUUUGUGUUCCUCUUCUCCGUGUCCCAUGCAUCUGUUACAUAUGGAGUUUGGAGAACGACGGUUGGGGGCGAGAAUUGACGUGAUCACGUGCC